CUGUGAAAACUAAUUUAAACCCAAAUCUCUGUCCUUUACUGGUUCUCUGUCUCAGGGUUCUCUCCCUCUUCAACUAGAGCUUUCAAAUACUUCUCCAAUAUUACAGGGGCAGAAUCAGAAGUGAUAAAGAAGAGAGGGAGAGAGGGAGAGAGGGAGAAAAGGGAGAAGAGAAGAUGGGGUUCUUGACACUUCUCGAGGUGGCAGCCAUGCCCAUGUUGCAGGUCCUUCUCAUCAGUACUCUGGGGGCUUUCAUGGCAACCAAGUAUUUGAACCUUCUAAAUCCAGAUUCUCGGAGAUACUUGAACAAGCUUGUGUUUGAUGUGUUUGGUCCAUCACUCAUGUUUGCAAGUCUAGUUAAGACUGUUGAUCUCCAAGAUAUUUUUACAUGGUGGUUCAUGCCCAUCAAUGUGGGAUUAAUCUUUUUUAUUGGAGGACUACUUGGGUGGAUAGUUGUGAAAAUUUUAAAACCAGAACCAUAUCUAGAAGGCCUCAUCAUUGCUACAUGUUCAGCAGGGAAUAUAGGAAACCUUAUCUUAGUAGUUGUCCCUGCAAUCUGUAAUGAAGAGGGCAGCCCAUUUAGAGACCGUAAUAGUUGCAACGCCGUGGCUCUCUCUUAUGCAUCUUUCUCCAUGGCGAUCGGCGGAUUUUACAUUUGGACUUACACUUAUCAUCUUGUACGAAGUUCAGCAAUAAGAUACAAAGCAAUUCAAGAUGCUGAGGAAGCAUUGAAGAAGCCUAACAAAGAUUUAGAUGCCAACAGUGAAUCUCACCUUCUCAAUGUAGAUUAUGAAGAUGAAGCAAAGCCCAUUGAUGAGGUUUCUUCUGGGAAGGCUGGGGAUGAGAGAUCAUCAUCAUGGGGAAAAGUAACAGGAAUUCUCUACCAGAUUGAGGAGGAGUUGAUGGCACCACCAACUAUUGCUGCAUUAGUAGGAUUCAUCUUUGGGUGUGUGCCAUGGCUGAAGAAUCUUCUUGUCGGUAAAACUGCUCCUCUACGACUGAUCCAGGACUCGAUUAAAUUACUUGGGGAAGGCGCAAUUCCCUGCAGCACCCUUAUAGUAGGAGCUAACCUCAUUCAAGGUUUACGCUCGGCAAAAUUGAGGCCACUGCUCAUCGUAGGAGUCAUUGUAGUGCGAUACAUGAUACUUCCUGUGAUUGGAAUGGGUGUGGUUAAGGUAGCUGGUGAUCUGGGUUUCCUCUCACCAGACCCUCUCUAUCGAUACGUCCUAAUGUUACAAUUUACACUUCCACCUGCCAUGAGUGUCGGUACCAUGACCCAACUGUUUGAUGUGGGUAAAGAGGAGUGCUCAGUCCUAUACAUUUGGACAUACUUGGUUGCAGCCUUUUCUCUCACUAUGUGGUCCACAGUGUUCAUGUGGGUCCUGUCCUGAAGAUUGUUAAUGUAUGAGAGAAGCUAUGCAAAGUUUUUGAUGGACAAGAGAUGUUGAGAGAGAUCCUUACAAUUGAAGCGGUUACUCUAUACACUUUGAUAA